AUGUUGCGCCAACCGCGCGCUCGGCUUGUGGCGGAUCCAACCGUAGGUGUUGGGGAUCUCGCUCAGCCCUUGGUGAAGUUUGCAGCUGAGGAGCAGGAACCAAACAUUCACAAGCUGUUGUCCCCUCCGGCUUGUGCCAGUUGGAAGAGCGGGUGCCCUACAAGUUGGUUAGCUUCCUUGAAUCCACUCUUCAAGUCCUAUGUCGAGGUGGCCCCAAACACAAUCAUCUCUUCAAAGAAACAUCGGCAAGCUAUAGUACGACUACUGGAGAACAAAAAGAUAGUGAACACCACAAGAAAAACAAGCGAAGACUUUGCAGACAUAAUCGAUGACAUUGUCAGGAUGGGUCUUUCUCACUUCAGGAUUUUGCGGCAGAACUCAGAGAAGAAAGAACAAGCAUUCAGGAAAUGUGACCAAAAUCAGCAGCAAGCCCUAGAAGCCGUACUGGCUUUGAUCAACAUCGACGCAGCCGCAGAGACACAGCUUGCCCUCAUCCAGCCCCAACCUGCCCAAGCUGAAGACAGCCAAACGUCCCAAGACACACCGGGACCAUCCCCCACACCCCUGCCAUCUGCCAGUUCUGGCACGAAACAGUUUGAGACCAGAGCGACAACAGCAGAGAGCAGCAAGAGAAGAUUGGAAUCAAUUUUUGAUUCCAUCUUGGAUCAACAUGAUGAGGAUGAGGAGAAAGAAAUCGAGAUCACUUAUUUGAAGCAGAGUGCAGGAAGGCAAAGCACGUUUGAAAGGCAAACACGGGAUCAAGCAUAUGAAGAUUCCCCACAAAGGAAAAACAUGUUUGCACUUCAAAUGUCCCCUGAGGAGGAAGAGUUGCUGAAUGCGGCAACUUCCACUUUGGCUGAUGAGGAGGAUGAAGAGGUGCUCAAAACCUACAUUCCUGACAACACCGUGGAGCUGGCCAUGAAAAGGGCGCAUGAACUUAGCCCUGAAGAAUUUACCAGAGAAGUGAGAAGGCAAAGGACCACUAGCAAUGCCUACCACAGGUGCGAGACAGUACUCAUGAAGGGUGGGUUCACAAAACUCGAUGCCCAAGCAGUUGCAAAGACCAUGAAGAAAAGGAAGCAACGCAAAAAGAAAAAAACAGGAGCCAAAGCUAUCAUGGACCAGGAGAUGGCCAUGGACACUGAGGAUGGGACAGCUACAUCACCUAAGGAUGUUGACUAG